AUAGACUAUUAAAUGCAUUAAGUAGACUAGUCUAUCAUACAUGUGCUCUAGCGGUGUCAUGUUGAAAGCAACAUGUAGUCGUCUUUAUAGCUUAAAUUCUUUUUUUUUGCACAGAGCAUACCUUUUUCAUUUCUAACACCAUUUCCAAAUGUGUUGCCAAGACUAGGCCAUUGUAUGCUAGUCUAUUAGAGUAUAGUGCUAGAAAUUAUUACAAACAGUUACACUGACAAAAAUAAAAGUAACAAUUCAAUCAACCAUUAUAUAUCAUAAUUUAUCAAGUAACAGUUUGAAAACAAAUAUUUUAAGGGUCUAUUUUGCUAAGCGGAGGACAGGAGGGAGGGGUUUCGACGCCUCGUGUGUCAUCUGGGGGCGGAGACUGAGGGGCUGACUAGAUUACCUCCGUGGCUGCAAGGAAGUGGAACAUGACAGUGUGCAUGACUCUCUAGGUUACUGUCCUGUUGAAUACGUCCGUGCGCUCUAGCGUUGUCCCCCUCACAACCCUAAACGUUUUAAAGGACAUCUGGUGUAGUCUUGUGCGAAAGUGUCCGCAAUGCCGAAAGACAUCGACGGGAAGAGCAUGGAAAUCAUGGAGUCGAAGGCGUUGUGGUACCCAGACUCCAAGAAGAACACACAGAUGGAUCGGUUCAGGUCGCAGGUGAAUCGAGAUUUCGGGCUUAAUCUGGCCAACUAUGAUGACCUCUACCAGUGGUCCAUUCAGAACUACCCAGAGUUUUGGGCAGAGGUGUGGAGGUUUUGUGGGGUAGUCAGCUCAAGGAAGUAUGAAGAGGUCAUCGACGUGUCAAAGAGGAUAUCAGAGGUGCCUGAGUGGUUUAUAGGCAGUCGACUGAAUUACGCUGAAAACCUCCUCAAACACAAGGACCAGGAUAAAGUGGCUCUAUAUGCUACCACGGAGGCAAGCGAAGACAUCACCAAGGUGACGUUUGGCGAGCUGAGGAGCCAAGUGGCGCUGUUCGCCGCCGCCAUGAGGAAGAUGGGCGUGCGGACGGGAGACAGGGUCGUGGGUUACCUGCCCAAUGGAGUCCAUGCUAUAGAGGCCAUGCUUGCUGCCGCCAGUAUAGGAGCCAUCUGGAGCUCCACGUCCGUAGACUUUGGAGUGAAUGGCGUGUUGGACCGCUUCUCUCAAAUCCAGCCCAAACUCAUCUUCUCGGUACCGGCUGUCAGAUACAACAGCAAAGUGCACGACCACAUGGACAAACUCAUCAGUGUGGUCAAAGGGCUCCCAGAUUUGGAGAAGGUUGUCAUUAUUCCCUAUGUCUACUCCAGACAAGAAAUCGAUUUGUCCAAAGUCCCAAACAGUGUGUUCCUGGAGGAUUUCCUGGCUACAGGGAUGGAGGGAGACCAUCCGCCCCAGCUGGAGUUUGAGCAGCUGCCCUUCUCUCACCCCCUGUUCAUCAUGUACUCCUCUGGGACCACUGGCGCCCCCAAGUGUAUGGUGCACUCCGCAGGGGGGACCCUCAUUCAACACUUGAAGGAGCACAUGCUCCAUGGCAACAUGACCAGCAGUGACGUCAUCAUUUACUACACUACGACGGGCUGGAUGAUGUGGAACUGGCUGGUGUCGUCGCUGGCCGUGGGGGCGUCGGUGGUGCUGUACGACGGCUCGCCUCUGGUGCCCACCGCCAACGUACUCUGGGACCUGGUGGACGAGCUCGGGAUCACGAUAUUCGGGACAGGAGCGAAGUGGCUGGCGGUUUUGGAGGAGCGCAACUUGAAGCCAGCGAACACCCACAACCUGCAGUCGCUGCACACCAUCCUGUCCACGGGCUCGCCGCUCAAGCCCCAGAGCUACGACUACGUGUACCGCAGCAUCAAGAGCAACGUGCUGCUGGGCUCCAUCUCAGGUGGCACGGACAUCAUCUCCUGCUUCAUGGGCCAGAAUGUGGCGCUGCCCGUCCACCGUGGCGAGAUCCAGGCCAGGAACCUGGGCAUGGCAGUGGAGGCCUGGAGCCUGGAAGGGACACCGGUGUGGGGGGAGAGCGGUGAGCUGGUCUGCCUGAAGCCCAUCCCCUGUCAGCCAACGCACUUCUGGAACGACGAGAGUGGCAUCAAAUACCGCAAAGCCUACUUCUCCACUUAUCCCGGUGUUUGGGCUCACGGAGACUACUGCAAGAUCAAUCCAAAGACGGGAGGCAUAGUCAUGCUGGGGAGAAGUGAUGGAACUCUGAACCCCAAUGGAGUUCGAUUUGGGAGCUCCGAGAUCUAUAACAUCGUGGAGGCUUUUGAAGAGGUGUCCGACAGCUUAUGCGUCCCCCAGUACAACAAGGACGGCGAGGAGCGGGUGAUUCUGUUCCUGAAGAUGGCGCCCAACAAGCCCUUCAGCCCUGAGCUGGUGCAGAGGAUCCGCGGAGCCAUCAGGGUGGCACUCUCCGCCCGCCACGUGCCCGCCUUGCUCCUCGAGACCAUGGACAUUCCGUACACCAUCAGUGGGAAGAAGGUGGAGGUGGCGGUGAAGCAGGUGAUCGCAGGCAAGGAUGUGACCCAGCGCGGCGCCUUCUCCAACCCCGACUCUCUGGACCUCUACAAGAACCUGCCCGAGCUGCAGAACUUCUAAGCGCCACUCACAGCCUCAAAUGGGAACCAAGGGACAAACAAUGAGAGAGAGAGAGAGAGAGAGAGAGAAAUACAGCCUCUCGAACUGAAUAGUGAAGUAUUUUUUUUUUAUUGUUAUUAUCCUUAUUAUUUUUAUGAUUUUUUUUUUUUUACAUGCUGCAAAAACCUGUCCGCCUUUAGGGGCACUGGGAGUGUGGAUUUCUCCGGAAAAUUCCCAGAGUGCUCCCCGUCUCCAGAGGCUGCUUAGUUCUAGAAGCCCAGCCGCCCACAAGCUCCUCCCCCGUGGAACGUUCUGGCAUCAUCGCUCUGUCAAUCCAGCCAACAAACAUACAACAGAAUAAUUUUUUUGUGCCCACAUCCCCACCCCUCCCUUCUCCCUGAACUCCUCUUUUAUUGAAGUCUAUUUUUAUCUGUUGUCUUUUUUCCUUUCACCGUUGCCUCUAUUAGACUCUGAUAGUGAGUUUAAUGUUGUUGGGAAAGGAGGAUUCAGUUUUUCCGUUUAUCUCUGUAGAAUUGGGAUCCUUCCCAUGGGUUGCUGGGCAGAAAAGUGUCUCAGGAGAAAUGGUCCAUAACAGCUUUUGUCAGGGACCCAUACUUGGCCUUUGAUGGCUGUCUUCAUACCUAUUGUUUGAUGGGAGUAGAGUAUUUUCUUGCCACAGAUACAUGUUGAAUGAUCAGGGCUUACUCUGGAUAUGUGUGUGUGUGUGUGUGUGUGUAGAAGCAGCUCUCCGUCACAUUGUGGAGCUGAAAUAGAGAAGGUCCCCACUGGGAGUCUUGAGUUGAUCAUGCCUCCUCAGUACAGUCAGGUAAUGUCUGGUAUAACUGGUGUAAUGAUCAGGUUCAGAUCAAUUAAGAAACAUAAAUGUUUGUGAUGCGCUUGAGGUAUGUUCAGGCCUGGUACUGGGAGGGGAGGGGGGGGUGUAACUUUGUUUGAGGGGCUUGGGAGUCCUCCAGUCCAACUCCACUGUUCAGUAUCGUGUGAGCAGACUCUGCCAAAUCAUGAUUGAAACACUGUCUGAUUUUCCUUUCUUUUUUUACACAAACACGUUAGACAGGAAGUUAAUGAGUUCCCUGGAGUUUUUUUUUUUCUUCUUCAUAAAUUGUGGACCAGGCCCAAAGCUAGUCUCUCUGCAGGAAAAAACUCUGGUACUGUUGGUUUCGUCGGAGGAGGAGGAGGGGCACUUUGUUUACAUGCUUGAAGUGGACAUUAAAAAGGGAUUAGAUUUUUAUACAAUGUAUUUUAAGUCGCCUCAAGCAGCUAAAUCCAUCAGAGUUUUGUUUGAAGUCCCUUGUUGUUUGGCUUCCUAAACUGCCAAAUCCGAGCAUUUCCACUCUUCCCCAGUAGUUCCACCGUCUCCUGGUGCUCCUCUUUUGAAGUGGCUUUUCUGCCGUCUCUGCGUCAUUUUUAUAAACCUAUCAGAGAUCUUUAUCGCAUCCAUUAACUGUCCGUGUAACAUGUCAGUCUAACAUGCCUUCAGACCUCAACAAAGGCUUCUCGCAGAAACACUACAUGUGGCAGCAGGACAAAUGGGAAUGGCUAUUUAAUGUUUUAUUUACGUUGAGAUUUUAGGUCCGCGUACGUCUCAUCGCCCAUCUCCACUCUCCUGACCAGUUGCGCCUUUGUGAUCAUUGCACUAAAAUGCAUGUGAAGCCACUAUUGGAUAACCCAGUAGUGUAACAGUAUAGUGCUUCUAUAUUUUGUAUGUACCCAGAGUAACGUUAGACGGUUGUCUUACCCUGUUGUCCUACCCUGUUGCUGCUGAUAGGUUGACUGGUCAUGAAGUUACCUCUUUAUUGUCGAAUGAAUGGAUGGAAUUGACAGCCUUCGACUCUUAAAACCGCUUCGGUUUAUAUGACGGUUAGUGUUAGAGGUUACUGACAAUAAUGUUUUGGGUUUACCCAACUACAGGGGUCUUUUGAGUAAAGGACUCCAGUUUUAUGUCUAUUUUAUUCAAAGUUGUGAGUAACUAAUCUUUUGUGAACCUAAAUGUGCGCAAUGAAGAAAAUAUUUGAUAUCGGCAGAACUGUCAAUACAUCUCAGCUAUGACAUUCCUGUAAUGUCUAUUCCAUUUUUGUCGUAUUUUUUUUUUUAUAAGUUGAAGAUCUACAGUAUAACUCUGGUCAUCGGACAUAAGAUAAAUGUUCAUUCAUGUGAAUGUUAAACUUACCUUGUAUGUUGAUGUAAAUGUCUCAAAAUUAGUUAAUUAAAAAGAAAUAAGCAAUUGUUCUACUUGACGGCUUAUAUUUUGUUUUGACAAUAUUUUUUCAUUUUACUGUGAAGAACAUUGAACAUACCUGUAGAAUAAAUAUUUGUGAAUAUAGUGUCUUUCAUAAGACUACCUAAAUUAUAUGGACCGAAGAUACAUAUUCUAUUAAACAAACGUAAUAAAUUAAGUAAAUAAAAUAUUGUAACAACGUAA